GAUGAUGAUGAUGAUGAAGAUGAUGAUGAAGACGACAACUAUCAUGUAGCAUCGAGCCAUGGCGGAGGGGAUCAAUAAGAAGAGUGUUCCGCUGACACAUCCCACUCAUGUUCAAGAUAUCAUCGCAGCUCCACUCGAGGAGAAUGACAUCGAACUAUUCAUGUCCAAUUUGGGGGACUAUGUCAACGCAGCGAGUGUACCUUCAAUCCGACAUAUCCAAUUCUUAUUCUACCUCUCGCUCUUCCCUCCUGCCGCGCCACUCAAGCCGAGCCCGUUAUUCCUCCUCAAACGACUAUUAGCAUGUCACUCGCCUGUAACCCUGUCGGUGGCUUCCCCUGUACCAUCCUAUGGAUCCCAGGUACCGGUAUAUGCAAACUGGCACGUCGAUACGGGCAUACAGAUGGAGCGCCAGACGAUGAAGCUAUUGAAGCGUUGUCGAGCGGGCGUCUGGGAUCUGUUUUGGGUGUCUGUUGAGGAGGAAGACAAGGUGGUCAGCGAUACCGCUUGGGAACUGAUAGGGUGGUGUGUCGAGCUAUGGGAGAAGGAUCAGGCAGAGUCUGAGGAUUCCUUUUCCGCUCUGUUUGUGGCGCAACUUGGGGGUCCAUCACCCGACUUGGCCAAAGACAAUGCCUCAUCUAUAGUCGAUAUUACCAGGUGUGCAUUCGAGGAAUCUGGUGCUAGUCUGAGUCAGAUGAGACGGAUAGAGCUGGCCGCGAGGAUGUUCGCCUUGCUUAUCAAUGCGACUACAGUCUCACCACCUCGGUUCCAUCCGCCUUCCCUGUCGCUCACCUUCCUACCUCUCUUCCGAUCCGCCCUGGGCCCUGAGCAUAUUUCGAUGUUCUUGUCCAUUCUUCAGCCCCGAACUCCGCACUACGUCCUCGCACAUAUCUACACCAUCGCGCUCGAAGAGCUCGCCGGUUGUCGUAUCUCUCGCGCCAGGUCGAGAAAGCUGCGGGGAUCAACGGAUGACUUUGAUUACAGCUUUGGAGCUCUCGCCCCGCCAACUGUCACGUUUCUCCUGGGCGAUCUUCUGCUUCUCCCUCCGAGACCAGAUCAAGAUAAUCGAAUGGCAGUCAUCAAACUCGCUCUGGUCGGCAUUAUGCUUGGGCAGUACCCAGGAGCAGAGGCUUGGCUCGUUUCCCCCGACACUCUCGAAAGGCUCAAAGAGACCAAUCCAGAUUCAAUCAUCAUUACCCUUCUCCAGCAUGCCCUACAUUGA